AUGACUCUACCGAAGGAGGAAACCGCCCACGAUCCUGCUACUGCCGCGCUCUUUCCCGAGCUCUCCGCAACGCCACUCGAAGUGCGCCGUACGUCACGGCAUGGGCGCGGCUUGUACGCGGGGAAUGCAGUCACACCUGGCACUACGCUGCUCCGCACGACGCCCCUUUCGGUCGUCUCAACAUCGCUCCUCACAUCGCACUGCAGCUUCUGCCACGCCGCGACGAAGGUGCAGCGCUGUGCGCGCUGCAAGGCGCUGCACUACUGCUCAUCGCGAUGCCAGAACGCCGAUUGGGCCGCGCACAAGCCUGAGUGUGCGGCGCUUACACGCCUUCGCAAGAUGUGGGCGGCGACGUACCCUGACAAGGCGCAAAGGGGGGAGAACGGGUUUGUGCCGCACGAGGCAGUGCGCGCGCUCGCCCGCUUGUGUUGGAUGCGGCGGAGUGGAGGCGGAACGGGUGCGGCGGGCUGGCCGCAGGUCGCGGGGAUGGAGAGUCAUGUUGGGAGGAUGGGCGAGGAUGAUGUGCGCCUGGGGAACCAGGUCAACCAUCUCCGGCAUUACCUCGGCGCUGCGGAAGGCGAGGGCGAUCUUCUCCACCCCGCCGACAUGGCAUCGUUUGGAUUCAAGAGCGCGCGGGAGCUGCUCGACCUUGCUUCAGCAUUCGCGGUCAACUCUUUCACACUUUCCACGCCCGACCUGACCCCGAUUGGAGUGUCAACUUCUCCGAUCGUUGCGUUGUGCAACCACUCAUGCUGGCCGAACGCGGUGGUCGUGUUCCCCUCGGGGCGAGAGAUGUGCGUGGUCGCGAUUCGAGAUAUCGCACCAGGCGAGGAGAUUCUCACGGCGUACAUCGACGUCUCGCUUCCUCUGGCAGAGCGGCAGGCGGACCUACAAUCGCGAUAUGGGUUUACGUGCGACUGUGCACUCUGUGCAAAGGGCGAGAAUUGGGCAGACCCGCGGUGGAGCGUGCUGCACCCGGGCUGCAGCAAGGGCGGUACCGGGCCGAUGCCGAACCUCGCUCUCCCUGGCGACGCAGAAGUCCUCUGUAAUUGCGGAUACAAGUUCACCACAGCCGUUCCGUCACUGCGGGGCCUCAUCGAAGCAGGCAAGCGCCUGCUCGCUGCCGACGAGAAUGGAGAGCUGGAACGCGAUUCCGCCCUGUCUCAGCUCCGCACCCUCGUGCCGGCACUCAGCACGCGUCUCCCGCAUAGCGCACACCCACUUCUCCCUCUGCUCCGAGUGUUCGCGCUCCACCUCCUCCCGCCCGCCCCCGAUCAGCGCGCGCUUGUUCUCGGCCUCUUGACGCAGGCGGCGGAGGGUGCGCGUGCGGCGCACCCGCCUAACCAUCCUACCGUGGGUGUCAUCCUUGCCGAGCGCGCCAAGGUCAUGGCGAUGGACUCUGGCGACCAACGCAUCAUGCUCGAUGCGGCGGGCCUCGCGCGGCGCCGGGGUGAGCUGGUUGCUGCAGUCGCGGCGCUGCGGGAGGCGGCGGCGGCUUGCGAGGUUGGAUUUGGGGGCGGAGAGGUAGCGAUAUCCAUGCGGACGUUGGCGGGCGAGUGUGAGCGCGAACUGGACAUGAUGCGGGGCUAG